GUCCAGCCCUGGAGUACGCAGUGACGGUUAGGGCUGCAGGGAGAAGGCACGGCUUUGCUCUGGCUGUUGUCCUGCAGGUCAACUGGUUUCCAGCAGAGGGUGGUAAAGAGCCAAAGGUGGUCCUCACUUUCAGCUGUGGCCCUUUCAGUGGUGACCAGAAAGCGAGGCUUCCUGAACUCCUGUAUGGGUUUAGCAGUCGUGCGCCAUCAGUCACUGACUUAUCUAUCUAGCCAAUAAAAAGACUGCUCUCAGUGAAAGAGCGCUAUAAUUCACUCGAAAUACUGACUCGGUUUACUGUAGAACUCAGGGGCUGCAGGUUCAAAGCUGUACCCUUGAUCAAGGAGCCCUGAUCUGCUUCAGUAAAAUAAGACACUACAAAUGUGUAUUGUGCAAACACGGAAACUGUCUGCUACGCAAAUAAAUAAGGCACUGGCAGCCCCGCCCAUUUGUGGGAAUGUGGUGUUUCGCUCGGCCAUAAUUGCGUGCCAGUAAUCCGCUCCCAAGGGACCGCAUCUCAGCCUUCAGCCGCCAGAUUUAACUACGGUCGCGAGAAACGGAAAUGGAGGACGCCGUGCACCACAAACAGGCAUAGUGCAGAGAGAACAGGGACCAAAACGGGCUGUUUCACUCGCGGUCACAAACGAAUUAGUCUAUAUUUUCAUCAGAGAAACAUCAACUUCUGAGUAGUUUCACGCAGAAGAAACGCAUUUCUCUGAAGUGAAUGUACUGGUAUUCAUUGUAGUGAACAGGACUGGAAUAUAUUUUCCUGGAAUGGAUCGAUCUGAAUCAGCUUUAAAAUGUAAGCAACCCAAAAUCAUUAGUUUGCCCCUAAACAGAGAAGGCGUGUUAUUGUGGAAUACUCAUAGAGUUCUGGAAGGCUCUUUUGACUGUUUUCCUCACUCAGUCAGCAGCCACAAAGAUCAGCACAUUGCGCAAGGCCUUCCUUUCCUGACAUGAAGGUAAAGACGGGUCCGUUAACCGUGAAAUGCUCAGGCCUGGUCAAACGUCACUUACGUAAUGUCAGUAUCAGGCUAAUCCAUGCCCUGUAGAAAGUAAUAGUCUCUAGCUUCAUCGCACACUUCAAACGGCCAGUCGCCGAUUUCUGAGACUACGUGCAAUGUUUUUUUCUCUCUCCCAAAAGUCGCCCAAAAAUGUCUGUUCAUUAUAGGUCAAAGUUUAUCGCAAAGAAAAGCAGAAGUUGGCCGUUCGUUUAGGUGGGAAAACACCAUUCUAAAAUUACAUAAAGUGUUUCAGAGAAAAUACUGCAAGAAAGUAGCCUACUGUAUAGGACUAUAGAAUGUUGCAGUAGCUGUAGCACAAUGAGUGAUAUAAUGAUUUAAAUAUUUUACAGAAGUGUAACUAUGCUAGUAUGCUACUCUGUUAUGUAUGCAAUAUAGGCACUCAAUACAUAAACAGUAAUGAAAUUUCCUUUAGUGCUUCAGAGGUCAUAUCAUUAGGCUACUAUUUAUGUAUUACGUGCUUUAAUAAUUGAGAAAUUAAUAUAGUUACACUACGUCUUUCUGCAUUGUUUUGCUAACAGGACAACUUUCCCCGAUUUCUUAUCUCCAGUUGCUGUUCGUCAACUCGAGAACAUUUUCUGCACUUGGGAACUGAGUUUGAGAUUCCUUUUUUAGUAUCCUGGGCUCAGACUAGGCAGUUUGUAUUUGAAUGAAAAUAUUUCGCGUGAGGCUUGUUACUUGAAUGCACUUUGGAAUUCAAACCGAACUCUUCUCUCCCUGACGCAGUCUCAACCGUCGUAGUCAGUCUUGGAGAUUAAUUGUGGGAAUACGUGCGUACACGCUUUGUUAUCCGAGAGGUCGCUCGUUUUAUUUCAAUAUAAAGGCGAGGAUUGGACAAGACUGUGCAGUUACGAGGCUAUUUAUUAAAUUUCCUCCUGCAUAUUUUUUGUUGCCCGGUUUUAAUAACGAUCACAAUUUCUGCGGUACAAACGAUGCCAGAAAUUACAUAGUUAAAAACUAUCACAGUCCACAAAGAGGCGAUGCGUGAGCACGUAAGGGGCGGGACGCAGGCGCAGCGCAAGCAACAACGUGAUCCAUCAGCUGCGGCGCCGUGUCAACUGUUCCAACACAAUCCGGUCCGCCCCGCGAGCCCUGAACCGCUACAUGCGUAUUAUCCAUCACACACUGCUCCUCCACCGGAUAUCGGAGACCGCCGACCGCUCCUGCAAUGAAGAAAGGCGCCAUGAAUUAACCACACCAUAGAAACCUCAAGAAAUCCCCCCAAAACACAGCCAGGUGUGUGAAGGUGGAGGGUGAGCGUUGCUGUGGGUGUGGUGAUGGUGCUGGACCCCGGUGGAGGCUGCGUGGAUCGGGUGGAGGGGGAGGGCCUGGUCAGGGACGGGAUGGACGCCCCGGAGCCGGACCCCAAGCCCGGAAAAACCAGGACCAGGAGCCGAACCGGCAGCAUCCAUAAGAGAGAGACCCCGUCCCACAACGGGCCACGCCCUAGCCCCAGGGAUGACCCGGAGCGCGGGGGGUCCGCGGGGGUGGGGCCUUCGAGGGCGGGGCCGAUGGGGGCGGGGCCUCGGCCCGAACUGCGCCGCCCCCUCAGCCUGGAGCUGAAGCCGGCCCGGUGGCGCGGGGCGGAGCCAGAGGAGAGGCGGGUCCAGCAGCCGCCCUGGAGGAGCGGCCGGGCCCCCUGCCCCCCCGCCCGCAGCCUGACCAGCCCCGGCUUCAUGCGCCGCAGCGAGAGCAUCUGCGCCAUGAGCGGGGGGGCGGGGGGCGGGGCCGGCCGGGGCCGCAUGCGCCCCGCCACCUCCCUGCCCCACAUCGCCCGGGUGGGCGGGCCCUCGGCCCUGGCCUCGCCCUCGGCCGGCACGCCCCGGGGGUCCUGCCUGCUGGUGGCCCUGCGCCCCGUCAACAUGGAGGAGGAGCGCCGCGCCUUCUUCCAGUCCGACUUCCAGUACGAGCCCCAGUUCCUGUACACCUCCCCCGAGCCCAGCGCCGUGCUCGACAAGUACAGAGAGGGCUCCGACCUCUUCCUCACACAGGCUGUGGGGAUCAUGGAGUGCGUGCUGAGGAAGUUUGGCUCGUAUGAGAGCUUUGAGGAGGCGACGGGGGGGCCGCUGCUCCCUAAGAGUCGGGUGUGGGCGGCGGCGCGGAAGUACCUGCAGAAGGAGGGCUGUGUGGGAGAGGUGGUGGUGUGCCUGUCGGAGGAGCUCCUGUCUCAGGCGGUGAUGACGGUGGAGAGCUGUCGGCCGACUCUCACCAUAAACCUGUCGGGGGCGCGGCAGCACUGGCUGGAGGGCAUGCUUCGGCACGAGAUCGGCACGCACUACCUGCGCGGGGUGAACAACGGCCUGCAGCCCUGGGGCAGCGCGGCGGGGCGGAAGCGCUUGGGCCUGAGGCCGGCCAACCCCACGGAGGAGGGCCUGGCCAGCCUGCACAGCGUGCUGCUGCGGAAGCAGCCGUUCCUGUGGCGCGCGGCGCUGCUGUACUACACGGUGCACCACGCGGCGCGCAUGAGCUUCAGCCGGCUCUUCAGCCACCUCGCCCGCUUCGUCCGCGACCCCGCCGUGCGCUGGGAGUACUGCAUCCGCGCCAAGCGCGGCCAGACCGACACCUCGCAGCCCGGCUGCUUCAGUAAGGAUCAGGUCUAUUUGGACGGAAUCCUAAGGAUUCUUCGACAUCGGAGAGACAUCGACUUCAAGAUGCUUGCCUCUCUGGGCAAGGUGUCUUACGAGGAUGUGGAGCGUCUCCGGCACCUGGCAGUCCUCCAUAAGACCAGAAUCCCUCACUUCAUGCAGGACCAGGAGCGGUACCUGCAGCAGCUCGAUCACAUCGUCGCGGUCAACGAGCUGGACGACUCGCAACUCUGCGAGCUCAUCCCCUGAGCUCCCAGACACACCUGGACUUUAUUAACACACCUGGACUUUAUUAACACACCUGGAUGUUAUUAACACACCUGGACUUUAUAACCACACCUGGACUUUAUAACCACACCUGGACUUUAUAACCACACUUGGACUUUAUAACCACACUUGGACUUUAUAACCACAUCUGGACUUUAUUAACACACCUGGAUGUUAUUAACAAUCCUGGACUUUAUUAACGCACCUGGACUUUAUAAUCACACCUGGACAUUAUGCACUUACAUGGCCAAUGAGUAUACACCUUGAUAUUCUGUCCACACCUGGACCCAAUAUCUAGAACUGGUCUUUUUUACGUGUCUGAAAUGCCGACAGCCUGAAAUCAUAUCUGUGCCCGAAUACCAUACUUAUACCUCUGAUGUCAUAUCUAUGUGCUGACAUCAUAACUUCACCAUGAAUGCCACUUUUCUUCCUCCCCUGAUGUAAUGGAUCCGUUCCAUCCGUCACGGACUAAUGUGUACAUUCUGACAAUCUCACAACCUCUAUUUACACUGUGCACGCACACACGUACACACACGAGCAGCACCCAAAACACGUACACAACCCCUAUUGCGUCCACUGUAAUCACGGUUCUUAUUGAAUUGCAAUUAGCUAUUUAUUUUAGCUUCUUAAAUAUUUCUUGCCAAUCUAUAGCUGUGUAUUUAUGCAAGUGUAUAUUUAUUUUUUAUUUAUGUAGCCAUUUAUUUUUUUUAGAGGAAAAAUACCAAGAGAAACCUUUCCUCUGGAUGUAAGGAAUGUUCCAGAUAUUAGCUUUAUUUUCCCCUCCGUGGAGUGGAUUUUUAAAGGCCUUAGAUAAUACCGAAGUGAAAAUAUCUGUUACAGCACCUUGCGGUCAACCAUCUGGGCCAGUUACUACGGAAACUCCUGGUCUCAUUUUUUUAUUGCUACUGCUUUGUGACUGUUCAUGUUUUUUUAUAUGUGAUGCUUGAGCAACCUCGCGCGGGUGGCUCUUCAGCAGAGGACCUGGUCGUGUGGUCGUGCUGUUGCUUCAGUGCGUUUGUGUUGUCGCGCUAAGCGAAGGAACUUCAUGCCUUAACAAGCCUUCAGUGAAGACAGCAGAACGAGACGGGUUAUGUAAUGGAGAAAAACUGGAACUGAAUGCAGAGUACCAGUGAAGGAGAGGUAAAGAAGAAGUGAAAGGUGGCGGAAGCGUGCAAGGAAAGGACGGAGAGAGAGAGAGAGAGAGAGAGAUGGGUCAUAGAGUGAAAGAGGCUUUAUGUAAUCUUGGUGUGAAGAGCUCGACUCAGAGACUGACAGGAAGUCAAAGACAGGAAGUCCCACCGACUCAGUGAAGCUGCAGCAGAUGUGAUUGGAUGAUAGAAAGGGAAAUGUGAAAGCAAGCUCAGGCCAUUGGCUCAGAGGAGUUCUGAAAUGUAGCAAGCCUUUUAGCUAGCAUCUUGAAGAAAUAAACAAAUGAAACCAACAAGGAGAGAAGAGAAAUGUCACUAGUUUACCCCACAGGCGAAACAUAGACACUAAUUAAAUAUCCUCACAGGAGUGUGAUGACCUGAGAGGCAGGCCGAUCUUAGCAGAAUAAUAUUACCCAGCAGGCUCAGGCUCCUAGCCUUGUGUGUGCCACAGACCCACCACACUUUCUCCCUCUUUCUUUCACCCUUUCUCUUUCUCCUCCUGCGUCUUCAUCAGACGGUGUAAAAGAUAACGGUGAGGUGUUUAUGUGUGAGGCGGUUCUGUGGUAGGGCUAGUAGGGGGCUGGGGGGAGUGGAGGGUGGGGGGGGGAGUUGUGCCUUUUCAGCCGAUGGCUCCUGAUGUAGUCAGUAGUAGCUCUUUGUAAUUCACCUCAUUAGCGUACAGUAUAGACACGCUCGACGGGCGUGUGUGUCGGUCACCGUAAUGUUAUUUUUUAUCUGCAUGAAUGUUGCACAAUUUGUGUUGUUUUUCGAUGACUGGAGCCGUUUCCAGUGUGCUGAUAAAACCACUCUCUGAACCCAA